CUCCCUCCCCCCCCCCGGGCGCGGGGCUCGAUUGAGGCGGCCUUUCCCUCAGCGCCGUGCCGUGCCGUGCCGUGCCGGGCCGGGCCGUGCCGUGCCGUGCCGCCGCGAUGCUGCGCUGGCUGAUCGGGGGCGGCCGCGAGCCGCAGGGCCUGGCCGAGAAAUCGUCUGUACAGACCAUUGGUGAAGAACAAAUACAAAAUCCUUACACGGAGCUCCUUGUGUUGAAAGGUCAUCAAGAUAUAGUACGAUUUCUAGUACAAAUAGAUGAUUGCAGGUUUGCAUCUGCAGGGGAUGAUGGAAUCAUAUUUCUGUGGAAUGCUCAGACUGGUGAGAAACUUUUUGAACUUCAUGGACAUACACAAAAAAUUACAGCUAUAGCACCAUUUUCUUCAUCAGAUGCUUCCGAAGAAAAAAGUAAUUUGAUUUUAACAGCAUCAGCUGAUAAAACAGUUAUUGUUUGGGACUGCACUACUGGCAGACAGGUUCAAAAAGUGUCGUGUUUCCAUUCUACAGUAAAGUGUUUGACAGUUCUUCAAAGACUGGAUGUAUGGUUGUCUGGAGGGAGUGAUCUAUGUGUUUGGAACCGAAAAUUAGAUCUCUUGUGUAAGACCAGUCAUCUUACUGAUGCAGGUAUCAGUACUUUGGUUGAAUUGCCUAAGAAUUGUGUUGCGGCUGCUGUUGGCAAAGAACUAAUCAUUUUUAGGUUGAUUGCUUCCAGUGAUAAGUCUGAAGGUUGGAAUAUCCUUGAAGUAAAACGCCUUGUUGACCAUCAUGAUAACAUCUUGUCAUUGGUCAGUGUCAAUGAUUUGACUUUUGUGACAGGUUCACAUGUGGGUGAGUUAAUAGUUUGGGAUGCAAUUGACUGGACAAAGCAGGCUUCUGAGUGCAACUUCUGGGACUCCUCUGUCCAUCCAGAUUCACAGACAGAAAUAAAGUUAUCCCAAAGUCCAAAUGAAACUUCAGUUCAACACUUAACAUGUGAUGAGGAGUGUGUGUUUGCUGCUGUUGGGAAAGGCAUAUACGUAUAUAAUCUUCAAAUGAAGCGUGUGAUUGCCUGCCAGAGAACUGCUCAUGACUCCUCUGUACUGCACAUUGAGAAGCUUCCAAACAGGCAGCUGAUAUCCUGUUCAGAAGAUGGCAGUGUUCGCAUUUGGGAGCUCCGAGAAAAGCAGCAAAUGCCAGCUGAACCAGUCCCAACAGGAUUUUUCAACAUGUGGGGAUUCGGAAGGGCAAACAAACAGGCAAACCAAGCUGCUAAGAAGACACAGGAGAACACAACUAUGCAUUUUUUGGAGCUGGUUGGUGAUUUGAUCGGUCAUUCAUCAGCUGUGCAGAUGUUCCUGUAUUUUGGUGAACUGGGACUGGUUACAUGCUCUGCUGACCACCUCAUAAUCUUGUGGAAGGAUGGUGAACGGGAAUCUAGACUACGGAGUUUAACGUUAUUUCAAAAAUUGGCACAGAACGGUGAUUUGCAGCUCAAAUUUUAAAUAGCUUGAAUACAGGCUAAAUAUCCAUAAACUGGAUGUGCAUUAAAUGUGAGUGUAAAGGAAACUCUGAGCUACUGGGAAUGUGACUAUCAAUAAGGUUUACACUUAAUGUCAUGUAUUAUAUUGGAAUUUUUAUGGCUACUACUCUUCUCAAAGGAGAAUUUUGCAUGUUGAAACUUACUUGGCUUUAUCUGUCAGUAGAAAUGGUGUUCCCUUAAACGACUGAAGAUAACGACAACUCAUUAAAUAGUUUCUAGUAUUA